AUGGAUUCCAUUUUGAAGCGUUUCAAUGAGAACCGUAAUGGUGAAGAUAUUAAAGUUAUAGAUAGAAUUGAUAUAGGUGAAAAGUUCAACAGGGAGAAUGAUUUUAAAUUAGAUUAUAAAGAAAGAGAUUACUCCUCUCAAUUUUUCAACUUAUAUCAAACUAGGUUGAAGGCAACAAGGGAAAGAUUGAGAGAAGAAUGCUUUCAGAAGUGGAAUAAUGGAUUUAAAUUGAAUGGUAAGACAGUAGUCGAGAAGCAAAAAGUUUUAGAUAUCCAGGGAAAUCAGCCGUGUUGGUGUGUUGGAACAAUAUACUGUGAGAUGAAAUAUAAACCUAAUAUCUUAAAUGAGGUGAUCAGUGAUGUUUACGGUGCUCCUGACUUAGUUAAAAGUUAUACUGAUUCAGAAGGUAGCGAUGAGAUUAUGUUGGAAGAUGAAAGUGGCCGAGUAUUAUUAGUAGGUGAUUUCAUAACUUCUACUCCCUUUGUAACGGGUGCUAUAGUGGGAUUAUUAGGUAUGGAAGCUGAAGCUGGUACUUUUCAAGUAUUAGAUAUUUGUUAUCCUCCUGCAUUACCUCAAAGACCUUUACCUGCCCCAGCUACAUUAAAGGGCAAGAAAAUUGCAUUGGUUUCUGGUAUCAACAUUAGCAUCAACAACCCAGAGCCUCUAUUAAGGUUACAAUUACUACAAGAAUAUCUAAUGGGAAGAAUAGUUGAUAGUGAGAAAAUUUCAGAAAUUGGUAAAUUGAUUAUAUGUGGUGGAUCAAUAGACUCAAAAAUCGAAAACAACGAUUCAGGAAAUUUACGUGAAUGUAUCAAUGAGUUCGGGAAGUUCUUAGGAAAUAUGUUGCAGUCAUUACCUAUUGCGUUGAUGCCAAGCUUGAAUGAUCCUAGCGACCAAUCUUUGCCCCAACAGCCAUUCCAUAAAGCUCUAUUUGAUAUGUCAUUAGCCCAUUACUUCAAUGAAGAUAAUAAGCAAAUUCUAAGCUUAACUACAAACCCUUCGAAUUUUGACUUCAAUGGUGUCGAUGCUUUAGUGAUUUCCGGUGAUAAUAUCAACGAUAUUUGCAAAUAUAUGAUUCCAUACCAAGAAUCAGAAACAGAUUCACAAGAAAAUAAAUUUGACAAAUUGGAUACAAUCGAACAUAGAUUGGAUCUAAUGGAAUGUACAAUGAAGUGGCAAAAUAUAGUUCCAACUUCACCGGACACACUAUGGUCAUACCCAUACAAGGAAUCGGAUCCUUUCAAUUUGACACAGUGGCCACAUGUUUACAUUGUUGGAAAUCAACCAUUAUAUGGUGCAAAAGACGUUCAGAUUAAAGACAAAACUAUCAAGAUAAUUUCGGUUCCUCAAUACAGUGAAACUGGUUCCGUUGUAAUCUUGGAUUUAGAAACCUUUAAUACUGAAGAAAUAAAAAUCCAAAUAUAG